GAGAGAGCAGCUAUUUUGAAAGUGACCCCUCAUUCAGUCAGCGACUGUGCAGCUGUCAGGAACCAUGACUGAAGAUGACGGAUUCUGUUCUCGUGGAGGGAUAUGCCAGACUCAGAGAUGGAAAAAAGUGGAAAACUAGGUGGGUCGUUCUUCGCAAGCCGUCGCCUGUAGCAGACUGCCUAGUGCUGCUGGUUUUUAAAGACAAAUCCGACAAAGCUCAGGGCAACAAGGAGAGGGCCAGUGUCACCUUGGAGGAGAUCUGCGGAGUGGAAACGGGACAGUGGUUUGAAGGAGUGGCGUUCACUCUCACCAUCCUCUGCCUCAACCAGACUGCUCUACUGGGCUUCGAUAGCAAAGAGGCCCUGCAGGCGUGGGACGCCCGCCUACGAUACAGCCUCGGAGAAGUUCACAGAUUCAGUGUUGGAGUCUUACCGGGGACCAAGCUGGAGAGUGGGCCUGCGACCCUUCAUCUGUGCAACAACCUGCUGGCUUUAGCCCGGGACGUCCCGCCUGCUAUCAUCGGACACUGGAACCUCCCAGACCUGCGCAGAUAUGGACCCGUACCCAACGGAUUUGUGUUCGAGGGAGGGACAAGAUGUGGUUACUGGGCCGGUGUGUUUCUGCUCUCGUCUGCUGAGAGCGAGCAGAUCAGCUUUCUAUUCGACUGCAUCGUCAGAGGCAUCUCCCCCACCAGGGGCCCGUUUGGACUGCGGCCCGUCCUGCCAGACCCCAGUGGCAGUCAGACGAAUUCGGAGGAGAAGUUGAACCAUGACGCCCAGGAGCUGGAGAAACGGCUGAGCAUGCUCUCUCACCGGAGCAGCACAGUGUCGUACUGUGCGUCUGCCGGGGGGGACGACCGCAGCAUGUCCGGCUCCUCGGACGCUUCAGACACCAGCCAAUCAGAAAGCAGCAUGAGCAGCCGGAUGGCCAUUUGGACUGAGCCGUCCUCCAACCCAUCUGAUAGCGUCGGCCAUGUUGGAGCUAAACUGGCGUUACAGAGCAUGGAGAAGCUCUCCGUCACCCAGGGGGGGGUGACCCGGCCCGCCCCAAAGACCCCCCGGCCGCUCCAGGAGAUCGGCCGUCAGAGCUCUUCUGACAGCGGCAUCGCCACCGGCAGCCACUCCUCCUACUCGGGGAGCUUCUCCUCCUACACAGGCAGCCUGGACCUCCCCCCCGGGGAGGAUUUCGGCUCUGUGUUCAGCCUGCCCCCCCACUUGGCUCAAGACCUGAGCCCCUGUACUUGCUCCGCUGCACCUGCACAUGAAUACCGAACACCUUCAUCACUGAGGUAUCUGUACGACAGCCCCAGGAGUGUGCUACAGGAGGGGCGUGGGGGGGCCACGGCCAGAGACAACGAACCCUCCAUGCUAACUAAGGACGCUCCUGCCUCUCCAGGCCCAACAACAGACUCAGCACAGGGGGAUCAAAGCAGCGCCAAGACCCCCGAGGGUCACUCGGAAAACACUGACACACAGUCAACAAAUGUACAACUAGACGGCCCCUCAGAGGAGAGCAAGAAAACCAAGGUGACGCCCUCUAGUGACACAUCGGUCCCCAAAACCAUUGUGACCAUCUGCUCCGUUUGUGGUGGAUUUAAGGGAACGCCGUACGUCCCAGUUAGCGGUUCAGCAGCGCCUGCCAUACCAGCAGAUCAAAGUGUUGACAAAUCACCAUGCAGUCCAUGCACUAAUGCAGCGAGGAGAAGUCUGGAGAAACGGUGUGCCUCUCCUGGCCCUGGAAGCUUCUCCCGCUCAGAGACGCCAGCAGUGAGGACGAGUGAGGAUUCACUGCUGCCAAGGAAGGGAAGAGAGAAACUAGCCAGUCUGCCUGCUGAGCUGUUGGGCUCUCCGGAGGCCAAGACUAACAGCCUGAACCUCUAUGAGUCAAUGAGCCCUAGAUUUGGAAAUGAGCUCAAAUCUGCACCAAAAAGCCCCUGUGUCCCGACCGAUCCACAGCCAGACAAGAGACAUGCCAUCUAUGAGAACUGUUUAAAGUGUCGAGCGGACCACUGCCAGCCCGCUCCACGGGUUGCACCUUCUGAAAUGUUCCGCAACAGGAAUACUUCAACCUCCCAUACCUUUCCAACUGGCCUGAAGAAAAGCCAAGAGCAGGAAGCAGCUGCUGAUGAGGAAGCACUCCGUCAGACUCCCAGCGAGAGAUCACAGAUCCAGGGUCAGCACGAAGAGAUAAAUGUUCCCACAGUGGCCAGUGAAGACAAAAGGCUUAAUAGCAAAGAGGAGCGACGCAGAGCUGAUCCUGCUUAUGAGAUCAUGGAGAGGAACUCUGAGGCAGAGGAGAAAAGCAAGUACGAGCUGAUGGGCAGCUACAGUCAGCAGAGGCUGCUGCAGGAGACUGAAGGUGCCGUGUUUGUGUUCUCGCCCGAGGCGGCGCUUCUUGAAAGGCCUCGCAGUGAAGGUGUGACAUAUGUGAAUAUUCCUGUUAGUCCCACAUCCAAGAAGCAGCUCAACUACAUGGAGCUGGAGCUGCUGGAGCCGGGCCCCCGAGGGACCGUCGCACACCCCCCCCCUCAAAGAAAGAGCUCCAGCAAGUACGCUCAGAUCGACAUUACGGCCACAGAGACGGCUCACCGGGUGGGGGUGCAGCACGCUCUGGGCCGGGAGGAGGGUCUGUUCACUCUGGAGCUCCGGAGGAAGGGGACCCCUCACUGAUGUCUCCGUCACU